AUGUCGCCGGUCCAAACGACUUUUUCUUCGAUCUCUUAUCCGAUGCAAGCAGGGUGCAUCCUGGCAACUCGAACACUUUCCAAUUCGAUCAUUGCGGGCAAUAUCCCGCUCGAGCUGGAUGUUCCUGCUCUACAUUCUUUCUCCUUGGUCAUCUUGCAAGUCAAUCGGCUUUCGAUCUCAGGUCGGGCCAGCAGGUCCUAUCUGCGAUACACCCCCAGUGUCACCUGA